AUGUCCUCAGCAAAGCGAAGCGCAAGGGCAACAAAGGAUGAAGGGUUAGCGGUGACACCAGGGUCCUUGUACGCCGAUAUCGUCGAGGAGCUGCAGCACCAGCUGACUGACUUGGAGGCGAAACUUCUGCUUGUCAGAUGCGGUGUUGAGGUGAAAACAAACGCCUCAACAGAUGAAUGCAUACACCUCCUUGAAACGCGUUGCCCACCCAACUCCAAUGCCAAUCUCCCCUACUUAUGCGAGGAGAGCGACCUGGAGCCUCUGCGACAGAGCGUCACUGGUGCUCUGGGACAAGACCACAUCGUUUGCAGGCUGAUUCAGCAGCGCCAAGCGCUCAUGAAGAGUGACAAUGGCAACCCCGCUUCCAAACGUCCCAAAACAGUCCCACCGUCCUCCAUGGGAAGCGACGCCAUGUUCAAGACCGUCAUUGAAGACAUGGAUUCAGGCAUAGCGACAUGGCAGCACAUGAGAGAAGGCACGUCGCGGUGCUUUCUGCUCGACGAAACACAUACAAAAGUCGACUGGAAGCAGGUGCGCGAAGUGGCCAAGAACAAGAAAACAGAUACCUUGUUCUUCUUUGGGAAGAAACCAACACCAGACAACAACCCAGCCAUCUACAAGCUCUACCGGGAGAUGGACACUCGAAUCCGCGUGGUUAUUCGGGAUCCCCAGAACGCAAACUUGGGGCAGCAGCUGGGCGUCGCCACAGCGCGCGACAUCUUGGAAAGCGAGCGCGCACGUCUACGUCCUUCGUCCUCAGACGCGACGAGAGCUGCAGCCGCACCUUCUGCUGCCCUCACCACUUCCACGCCUCCCUCAGCGUCCGCACCCUCAACUUCCUCAAGUGCCACAGCCUCAACUGCCCUCUCAGGCGGUACAACAGCCUCUGGCUUGGCCCUUGAAGAUCUGAACAGAAUCCAUGAGCUGGUGGCGCCGGAUGGCGAUAGCCAGUCAACACGCGGCAGCAGCACAGCCGCCACACCAAAGGAGGUCAAGUUUGAGUUCCUGACCGUGAAAGGGUUUGGCCCGUUCCUCGACGAGCAAACGUUCUCCAUGAGCUUCGUGGGGCUGGGCUUCAUUGGCGCGGACCUUGGCGGCCUGCAGAGCAAUGGCUUUGGCAAGACGCUCCUGUGCGCCACCUCCAUCAUCUGGUGCUUGACAGGGAAGGCCGAUCCACACAUCAGCAACAGCAAGGACCGCAAUAUGGGGAACCUGCGGCCCAACAGCGCUGGUGACUCGUUCGUCCGCUUGAAAGGCGUGGUGGAUGGGCAAGAGUUUAGGGUGACACGCAAGCUGAAGCAGCGGCAGAAGCGACAGCAGCGACAGCAACCACAGCAGCUCAGAGUGGAGAUUGGUGGUCGCAUCAUCAAAGGCAACAAAUCCAACAAGACGGACGCGAUCGCACGUGAGCUGUUCAAUUUGCGGCGUGGCGAGGACCUUGAGUGGGCGCUGCCCCUCAUAUGUGCUUGGACGCCGUUCAGCGACGCGGCUUUUUUCCGCGCCUCCAGCGCCGCUGGGGCGAAGCCCGCGCGCAGCGCCAUUGCUGCCGUCCUCGACUUGAAGGCGUUUGAUGCUGCAGCCGAAGAUGUCAAGAACAAGUUGCGUGAAGCUGCCAAGGAGGAGAAGAACGCCGCAGCCCAGCUGGAGACUGCAGUGAGGAAGUUGAAAGACGCCAAGACAUGUUGUGAGAACGCGAAGGAGACAUGCGACUCUGCUCGAACCAGGGUAGAGGAGCUGAAAAAGGAGGUGCGUGCCUUGGAACGGGAGGUGGCUUCAGCCGCAGGUUCAGCCCAGCACGGCACAACAGAUCUGGAGGCAAAGCUGCGGACCUGUGAAGCAGAGAUUGAGCGGCUGGAGGAAGACAAGGACGCAUGUAAAGAUGAUAUCCGUGAGCAACGUGGCGAACAAGCUGCUGCAAAGAGAGAGAAGUCAAGCCUCACCAGCAAGCGUGGAAAGCUAAAGGACCAGCCCACGUGCCCCACGUGCUUGCAACCGCUCGGAGACGACUGUCUUCAGGUCUUCGCUGAGCGAAGGCGAGAGUGCGAGACCACCAUCGAACGCUGCUCGGAGAAGAUCAAGGCCCUGGAGGGUCAGCUCACUAAGGUCAACAAAAACUUGCGGCAGAAACGGCAACAACAUACACAACUGAGCAACAGCAUUGCGCAGCAGAAAGCGCUCAGCGAGCGCGCGCAGAAGGAGCUCGAGAAGAAGCGACCACAGCUCAAGGAGCAACAGCGCAAGCUGAACGCAGCAGAGGAACAGCUGCAGCAACUGCAGCGUGACAUGCAGACAGCGGAGGAGGAGAAGAGCAGGUGGGUGAGUACACAGCAGGAACUGCGUCGCAGUAUUGAGACAUCGAGGGCAGACGACGCACGACUCAACGCGUUCCAGCUGCUGGUGCAAGGCAAGCUGGUGGAGAGCGUGAAGGGUCACGUGCAGUACUGGCUGGACAAGUUUUUCCAAGUGCAGAGUGACCCCGACGUGGCCAAGGAGUAUGCAAAGGCCCAGGCGCUGUACCGGUGCCAGCGGCUCACCGUCCACUUUGGCAGUGAUGACGACGACGGUGGUGCAAGAGGUGAUGAUGGUGGAACGGGUGAAGAUGAUGAUGACGACGACGAGGACGAUGAUGAUGAUAAUGGGGAUGACGACUGUGGCGAUGGAGCACCAACAUCGUCAACGACAGCAUCGUCAACGACAGCAUCGUCAACGACAGCAUCGUCGGUGACACGGUCGUCGGCCGCAGUAACCACGAGCGCAGCAGCAGCAAAGAACAGCAACGGCAGCGGCAACUACAGCAGGGAAGAAGAUGUUUCCUCAAUCAUGCUUGAGACGGCGCUUGAGCGGCUGCUGCACGAGCCCGUGCUGAAGUGGGACGACGAGGAGCUGAGCGGUGGCGUGAGUUCGCUCAGCACGUCGGAGUACGCGCGCUAUCGCCUGGCGGUGAUGCUGGCGUCGUGCCAGCUGCUGAAGAAGAGCCUGGGCAUCAAGCUCAACUUCUUGCUGCUGGACGAGUGCAUGCUUGGCAUGGAUGCGCUCGCUGUGCUUGACAUUGUGUCCAGCCUCAAGGCGUGGGCCAAGCACGCCGACAACCGCAUGGGCGUCUUCCUCUCCAGCGUGUCGCGCUUCGAGUCGAUUGGCUUCAAGUUUGACAAGUGCGUGCUGCUCCGAAGGGGCGACCCAACAGACUUGGCCGUGCGUGCAGCGCAAACCAUGGAGACGCACCCCAACGACAGUGACGAUGAGGAGUAGGACUGAGGGGUAUGUGUGUGUGUGUGUGUGUGUGCGUGUGUGUGUGCGUGUGUGUGUGUGUG